UUAGCCUGAAGGUUAUUCUAGUUAGGCAGUACUAAAUCCCACCUCCUACUCCUCCCUGAAAAGGGAUUGGAUUUCCUUUGCUUAUGUUUCUCUAGAAGAGUAGUAUACGUGUAUGUUUCUGGAAGAGAGUAUGACAUUCUUGAAUUCUCAGUUUAAAUGUGGAUUUACCAUCUGGUUCUGGGAAACCUAGUGGGACCACAUUUCCUAGUGGCAGGGACAAAUAUUUUUAUUUUUUUACUUUUGCCAGUAAGAAUUUAUGCUUGAAGAUUUUCUCUGGGUAAAAAUAAAGGAUACUCUUACACCCUAGAAUCAUGGCCUGGUUGCUGGUUAGAACUUGCUUCUCCAAAAUUGCCUUUGGAAAGAAAUGUUCUUAUCAAAGAAGAGCAUGGAGCAGGAGUCCCUUGACUGCAUACAUGCCAGAAGCCACAGCUUUUCCUGGACCAAGGAAUCACCAAGAACUAUACCAGCUAUCAGUGGAGCAAGCAGAUGUAUUCUGGGGAGCGCUAGCGAGAAACCGGCUUAUAUGGAGCAAUCCUUUUCAUUCUGUUAGUGACUGUAACUUUCAGCAGGGCCACGUGUCCUGGUUCCUCGGAGGACAGCUUAACGUAGCCGUUAACUGUCUGGAUCGACAUGUCCACAAAAAUCCAAAUAAAGUAGCCUUGAUCUGGGAGAAAGAUGAGCCUGGGCAAGAAGACCGAAUUACAUACAGAGAAUUGCUAGAGUUGACAUGUCGACUUGGGAACACCUUAAAGCGGCAGGGAGUAAAGAAAGGUGACAGAGUCACUAUCUACAUGCCUUCCUGUCCAAUGGCUGUGGUGAGCAUGUUGGCCUGUGCCAGGAUUGGAGCAAUACACACAGUAGUAUUUGCUGGAUUCAGUUCUGUCGCAUUAGCUGACAGGAUCCAAGAUGCUCAGUCUGAAACAGUGAUCACAGUCAACCAAGGUUUGAGAGGAGGCAAGAUUGUCGAACUAAAGCAGACAGUAGACCAGGCCGUGAAAUUGUGUCCGGCAGUGAAGCGAGUUUUUGUUUCAAAAAGGACAGAUGAGAAGAUUCUCAUGUCUGAUUUAGAUAUACCACUGGAGGAGGAGAUGAUGAAAGAGGAUGUAACCUGUCAACCUGCUGCCAUGGAGAGUGAAGAUUUACUGUUCCUCCUUUAUACUUCAGGAAGUACUGGAAAACCCAAAGGCCUGGUCCACUCCCAGGCAGGCUAUUUGCUGUUUGCUGCCCUCACACAUAAGUAUGUGUUUGACUACCACGACGGAGAUAUUUUUGGCUGCGUUGCAGAUAUUGGUUGGAUCACAGGACACAGUUAUGUGGUAUACGGACCUUUGUGCAAUGGAGGAACUACAGUCCUUUUUGAGAGCACUCCGGUGUAUCCUAAUCCAGGGCGUUAUUGGGAAACUGUGGAGAGAUUAAAGAUAAAUCAGUUUUAUGGAGCCCCAACAGCAAUUCGCCUUCUUCUUAAAUAUGGAAAUCACUGGGUAAAGAAAUAUGACAGGUCUUCCCUCAAAAUUCUUGGAUCAGUGGGAGAACCUAUCAAUUCAGAAGCCUGGGAGUGGUACUUCAAUGUGGUUGGAGAUAGACGGUGCCCUGUAGUUGAUACAUGGUGGCAAACUGAAACAGGAGGCAUCUGUAUUGCUCCUCGACCUUCAAACCCUGAAGAUGAGAUUGUUCCAGCUAUGGCCAUGAGGGCAUUCUUUGGCAUCAGACCUUCUCUUCUAGAUGAUAAAGGAAAUGUCUUAACACAGAAUGAUGUCUCUGGAGCCCUCUGUAUCUCUCAGGCAUGGCCAGGCAUGGCAAGAUCUAUUUACAAUGAUCACCAGCGUUUUCUGGAGACCUACCUCAUGCCAUAUCCAGGAUAUUUCUUUACUGGGGAUGGGGCCUACCGGACAAGUCAAGGAUAUUACCAGUUGACAGGCCGCCUGGAUGAUGUCAUCAAUAUCAGUGGGCAUAGGUUAGGCACUGCUGAGAUAGAAGAUGUUGUGAAUAAACAUGAGGCAGUGGCAGAAUCAGCUGUGAUUGGAUAUCCUCAUACGAUCAAAGGCGAAGGUGCCUAUGCUUUCAUUGUGCUGAAAAAAGGCUCUAAACUCUCCAAAGAGAACCUGGGCUCUGAACUUCGGAGCCUUGUUUCAAAAGAGAUAGCAAAAUAUGCAGCACCAGACCAUGUUCAGGUAGCUCGACACCUGCCUAAGACUCGUUCAGGAAAAAUUAUGCGGAGAGUCCUGAAGAAGAUUGUGGAAAACAAAGCAGAUGAACUUGGAGAUCUGACAACCCUGGAUGAUCAUGACACAGUGAAAGAGAUAAUUGAGGGACACAAGAAACUUCUGCAGGAAGACCAGGGCCAGUAGCCCAAAUAUCUUGGGUGUCAAGAAGCAACGAGAAUACUACUUUGCCAUAGCAGUCUUUCUACUCCUAUAAUCCCCUGCAGAACCAAAAGGGGAGUUUAUUCACCAUUGACAACAACUUAUUUUCAGUGAAUGGAGAGAAUAUAACUAUAAAUAACAGCUGAAGAAUAUGCUGCUUAAUAUUCUACACCACAUUCUUUACUUGUCCAAACCACUCCUUAGAUGAUUCACCAUUUUCUCCAAGGUUUAUAUAUAUUAGAAAAUUAAGACUCUACCUUUGAGCAGCUAAAGUGUUGUGAAGAAAACUUCAAACUUUAAGGAAAAAAUGCCAUAUUUAAAUAGAUUUAUAGAGGUUCUUUAUAUUACACCUUAUUUGGGGAGGAAAAGAAUGCUUCAGGUUUCAUGUGAAGAUUUUCGGGAGCUUGUCAAAGAAAAAGGAGGACGUAUAAUUUAAAGGAUGUAAGACAAAAUAUGUAAAAGUGCACAUGUCUUCCUGCUGACCACCAGAAGUCUUCUAAUAGCCUAAUUCAUUUUGGUAAGAGCUGGCUGUAGGUAUGAAAGCAUGCUUUCCAUACAUGAAGCAACCUUGAUUAUUCUGCAUUUUUAAACAACUCUGCCAGUUGCAAUUCUGCCCUUCCUUGUAAAUUAAACAUGUAGCGGAAAAACACUACCACAAUUUAAUAAGUGUACAGAGAUACUAUGUAUAUUUAUUUUUCACAUUUCUACCCUGCUGCAAGCCACAGAUGCUUGGCAGCUUAUAUAGAAUAUAAAAACCAAGUAAAACAUCUACGGUACAAACUUCCAUAAAAACAAUAAUAAAAAAAAACACCCACCAAACAUAAUAAUAAAAACAGAAGCUAAAGAUGGCAUGGUAAAAUCAGUCUCUCCAAAACAAUUCCGUCUUUAGUAGCUUCUGAAACAUCAAUGAGGAGGGGGCCAGCCUGAUCUCUACCAGCAGGGUGUUCUGUAGCAUUGGUGUUAUUGAAAAGCAGUGUCUUCUUGCUUCAGCCCCUGAACUUCUUGAAAAUAUAGGAUGAGUAAUAGUCUCUAUUUGCUCUGAUUAGUUAGUCCAGUACUGGUUGGAGUAUGUGGUCCUGCAGAUAUCUGGGUGCUUACUCAUCAAGGAACAACUCUGGUGGCAACAGAGAACUCUGAGUAUGCACAACAACUCCAACUUACUAAAGUUCAGCUUCAGUCUUUUCUCUGCCAUGCAGGUCCUGGAAAAUGACAUUGACAGUACCCCCUCACAGCCUGGGUAAUAGUGAGGUAAAACUGAUUAUCAGCAUACUGAUGAUAUUGAACCCUAAAAUGUCAGAUGACUUUUCCUAAUAGCUUGAUAUAGAUAUUAAAGAGCAGGAAAGAGGAGUGACCCUCUGUGGCACCCCACACAUAUCACAGGCCACUGAAUUGACCUCUCCACCACUGGAACCACCGGCUGAGGAAGGAGCAGAACUACUGAAAAAAUGUCCUUCCAUCCCUACCUUCUGCAAACAGUCCAAUAAGAUACCAUGAUCAAUAGUAUCAAAAGCUGCUGGAAGGUCCAAGACCACCCAAUGGAUGCACUAUCCCAUUCAGGUUUCAACAAAGGUAAUCUAAGACAGCAAUCAAUGCUAUCUCCAUCCUAAAUCUGGGCCUGAACCCUGACUGAAAAGGGUCCAGAUAAUCUGCUUCCUCUAGGAUGCUGUGAAGUUGAUUUACCCAAUCACCACCAGAUCAAAAACUUCCCCAACAAAGGGAAGGUUGGAGACUUGUUGAUAGUUUUCCAGCACCACUGGAUCAAAGGAUGGUCUUUUCAGGAGGGAGCAGAUCACAGCCUCUUUCAAGGCCAUCUGGCCCCUCCUCUAAUGAGGUAUUGACAAUUUCCUGGAUCCAAGGGGUCACCACUCCACCAAACAGCAAGUGCCAAAGAAUAACCGAGACAGCACUCUAUCUUGCAUUUCACAACUUGUUAAGAGCUGCUUAUUUAACUUUAUAUUUAUUUUUUUACCAAGCAGCCCCAACAUUUUUACAAAACUCGUUGUUUUGCAUCAAAUGAAAUCUUUAAACAGUCUGAUUGAACAGCUUUGUGAACUAGACAAUUGAUCCAUUUGUUGGCAGCUCAAAAAACAGAGGCCAUAGGGUAGAGCAUAGAGAUCACAUAGCCUCUUUCUUCCUCCUACUCAGGCAAGGAGGCUGUAGCUUUAAUCUUGAAAUAAAUUAUGGCUGUGGAAGCUGUGCCACAUUUGCUGCCCUUGUGGAGAUAGGCCAGCAUAACUCCAGUUAUGUAGAACUUUAAUACGAGUCACACUUAAAAACGAGUUGCACAGGUGAAACAAGAUUAUUCUUUCCCUUCUGGAUGAAAUGUUGUACAAGGGAUUUAGCAUUCAGAACAAUAGAUUGGAAGCAAUUUGUAUAAUAGAUCAGAAGUAGUUAAAAACUCUCCUCCCCAUGUUUUUUUUUUAAAUUGGAAGCCUUCUUGGCACUUGUAAUUUUGAAAUUUCAGAUCAUACUUUCUCCAUUAAAGCAUGCUGAUUCCAAGGC